UGGUCCGUUGUGUAAUGGCGGCCGCAGUUCGGGAGUUCCCAGCUGGACCGGAAGUGUAAGAUUUGAGGUUUCCGCUUCCUGUUUCGCUCCCGCUUGUCUCUCACCGUCUUCCCCGCGAACUAUAGGAUCACUGAUCGUGCUAGGCCCCUCAGUCACAAUGUCUGAAGGGUGGGAAGAUUGGCCUGUGCUUGGCCCAGGAUGGAAACGCAGACAAGUAAUUCGUAAAUCCGGAGCAUCUUGUGGAAACAGGGAUACGUAUUACCAAAGCCCCAAUGGAGAGCGUGUUCGAAGUAAGAUUGAGCUGUCAAAGUUAUUGGGAGUUGAGGUCGACCUGUCUAUGUUUGACUUUAAGAAUGGGGUGAUUAUUCCCCAUGAAGAUAGGAAAAAACUCAGUAGACCAAGUUUACCUCUUCAACCUCAAAGUCAACCCAAAAAGCAACGCUUUUCUGAGCCUUCGCAGCAUGAUGUGGACCUCCAGAAUAGCGUGCAUGAGUCACUGGAUGUUCAGUGCAUGGGAUGUAUGCAGUGGUUUAAUGGAGUUGAAUUUGGGAAAUCCAAGCAGACAAACUGGUAUUGUGCAGACUGCAGAGCUUCCAGACGUGCACUUAAUAGAGAACAGAAGUUGCUCAAGAACAUGGGCUGUGGAAUCUGUGAACCAUGCAAAUUGACAGAAAACUGUGGUCAUUGCACGGUUUGUCUUCUUCGCUUUCAUAACCCUGAAUUUGGCAACUCUUGGAAAUGCGUGAGGAGGCGAUGUUUGAAGGUUCUCCGUAAGGUUGAUGGCUGUGGGACAUGUGAGGGCUGCUGCAGUACAAAGGACUGUGACAUCUGUUCUGUGUGCAUUGAAAGACUCCAGAACCCUGAUCAGCAACCCAUGGGGACUUGUCUGAACCGACUGUGUUCCAAUAAGACAAUAGUAAUCCAGCCGUCGGAAUCAAAAAGUUUUGGUGCAAAGAAGUGUACUAUAAGAAAAACUUUCGUUAACCAGGAAAAGCUGAAGAAUGAAGAGAAAGUUGCACACAAUCAGCAUUGCGCUGGGCGCCGUCAGAACCGGAGGUGUGGGGAGUGUGAGGCCUGCCUGCAGAAUGUGGACUGUGGAGAGUGUGACUUCUGCCAGGAUAAGCCCAAAUUUGGUGGCCGUAACCUAAAACGGCAGAAGUGCCGCUGGCGCCAGUGCCUGCGUUUUGCCAUGGAGAAGAACAUACCAGCAUUUCACAAAUCUCCCAAGUAUUCCAUGUCGCUGGUGAGGACAAAGCUGGAGGCAGUCGAUACAGAGUACAUGGAAACACAGUAUUCAGAAGGGGAAACCUUUCCUCUCAGAAUCCCAGAUAUGAAGCAGAUCCCACAAAAUGGAGACAACUCUUCUGUGAAUGAGUUGUAUCCUAUCCGAGUGGCAGACAUAAAAGAGGAGAGCAGCUUCACGUAUGAGAUUAAAGAGGAGCCAUUGGAGUUGUAUCCUAUCCGAGUGGCAGACAUAAAAGAGGAGAGCAGCUUCACGUAUGAAAUUAAAGAGGAGCCAUUGGACAAUCAUUGCGCAGGAAGGAUUGUGUCCAUUGAGGAGAGUGAUGACAUUGCAGAAGCAGAUGAGAGCACUCCAUUGAUCAUGGAGAUAUUCAGCCUGGGAAAAUACGAUGCCAUAACAUGUCUGGACCAGGUUCUGCAGGAGUUCAUGAAUGAGUUGAAUGAGAUCCCUCUACCUGCCUAUUGGGAGGUACAAAAUAACACCGCCCCAAACCUUCAGCUGGUUCAAAGAGACAAACUUUCCACAAUGGCAGACACGGUCAUCCAUAUCCAGCCACGAUUCCGUUUCUUUGUGAUGGUGAAAGGUCUCCCAGUCCCUUCUACCCACGAACUUUACUUGAAACACCCAAGCCACCUGACGUCUGUGUAUGAUGUAGUAGAGCUGAUCGGCGACCUGGAAUCUUACAGUCCGUGUCCUGGAAUGUGCACGCAAGGACUGCGCUCCGCUACGUGUCGUGUGCUGGUGAAAGAGGAACGUUGCACAGAAUGUUGUAAAAUUCCAUGGCCAUCGGGUAGCAGCUUCUGAGCAGGCGGGGGUGGGGGGCUGGCGCUCAGGGACAAAGAGCGAGGAUUCGGCGCUGCUCUAGAAAUACCAGUACGGUGGAGAGACGAAGAGGAACCAGUGUUGAUUGGGUAAUCAAAAGUUUCAUGUGGAGCAUCAUUGCGCCGUUAGAGACGCUUUAUAUCUUAUCGCUGGAUUAACACCCUUUAUCACUAAAUCUAUCGCAGAGUCUUGGAGACCUUCCGCAGCCAACUGGUGAGAUUGUGGGGCAAAUGCCUCACUUUCUCUCAGGUUAAUGGAGAAUGUCUGUACAGGUGGGGAGGAAUCUCGAAUCAGGAAGGGUUUGUUUGAGCCACACAGCUCCGUAUUACCUGGAGAAGCCUUGAGGCUGCAAUUAACGAGGACCAAAUAAAAGCCAUGCCACACAAUGAGUGAAAUGCAUGUAAUUGAUGUAGGGAGACGGUGUAUUCUUGCUACAGGUGAUCCGUGCAGAGCAGUGUGUAGUCUAACACUUAGCUUUCCACUUCUGCACUAAAACGCUUCCAGUUCUGUUGGAGCCCUGGCUCUGCGUUUUGGAGUGAGGCAGUUGUGCCUACAUGCAAAUGUUUCAGCCUUUCACACCAGGAUAAGCAGGACGAGGCUGUGAAUAUAAUAUGUGCAGUUUGAAUGGGUUGGUUAACAAAACACGUAUGAAAUUUAUUCACUAAAGCAGAACUUGGGGAAAAUUGAGAAGAGAAUUUAAUGUUUUAGUCCAAAAUGAGCUAAUUUGGAGAAAUUUUCCAGCUCUAUUUUUCCGUAGUAACAUUUCCAAGUCUCUUGUCAUUUUUCUACAGUUACUAUUUUGGUGAAUAAAACUUGUUUUUCUUUUUUUUCUUUCUCUCUACACUGGAAGACACUGAGGCUGGGCCACAGGUAUAUCAAAAUUUUAAGAAGAUAAAAGGAAGCAUUUUCAGGUUUAGCUUGACAGAUCUUUUAUUUUAUUAUGCUGUUGAGAUAUUUUUUGACUAAUAUAUAAACGUGUCUUCCUCUUGGCCUUCACUCCAUGUGGUGGGGGGAGUGCUGUUGUCUCUGUUUGCGCAGUUUUUUAUCCUCUGCUCUCCGCAGAGAGUUGCUGCUUUUUUUUCUUUUUGUAAAUAAAGGACAACAGUCACUGUUUUAUGUUCCAGUUCACAGUUCUGUCCCAUUUGUUACGGUAUCGGUAAAUAAGGUGUCAGGAAUACAGACCCGAUCUGAAUCACCCACUUUCUGAAAAGUUGCCAAUCUGCUAAAUAAAGCAUUGCAGUUUGUUUGCUUCCAGUUAAUUGCAUUACCAGGUAAUUUAUGUAUUGUUCUUUAAGAGUUAAGUUUAAUAUUAAACUUAGUUCCUUUUUAA